AUCUCCAUGUGGACGGCCAACCACACCGCACCAUCAGCCUUCAUCCUGGUGGGCCUCUUCAGUCAGUCCAGACACCCGGCGCUGCUCUGUGUGGUCGUGUCUGUGGUCUUCCUGCUGGCCUUCUCUGGGAACACCGUCCUCAUCGCCGUGAUACGCUCCGACGUCCGCCUCCACACCCCCAUGUACUUCUUCAUCAGCCAGCUGUCCCUCAUGGACCUGGCAUACAUCACUGUCACCGUCCCCAAGAUGCUCGUGGACCAGAUGACCGGUCUGAACACAAUCUCAGUCUCCGGAUGUGGGGUACAGAUGUUCCUGUAUUUGACACUUGUGGGUGCAGAGUUUUUCCUCCUGGCCGCCAUGUCCUAUGACCGCUAUGCGGCCAUCUGCCAUCCGCUCCAGUACCCCGUCCUCCUGAGCCGCAAGGCCUGUCUGGUCCUGGCACUGGGCUGCUGGGUCCUGGGCUCUGUGGACGGCUUCAUGCUCACCCCAGUCACCAUGACCUUCCCGUUCUGCAAGUCCAGAGAGAUCCACCACUUCUUCUGCGAGGUGCCCGCGGUCCUGAAGCUCUCCUGCUCAGACACCUCGCUCUACAAGACGCUCAUGUACCUGUGCUGCGUCCUCAUGCUGCUCAUCCCUGUCACGGUCAUCUCCACCUCCUAUGCGCUGGUCCUCCUCACUGUGCACAGGAUGAAGUCAGCAGAGGGCAGGAAGAAGGCCCUGGCCACCUGCUCUUCCCACAUGACCGUGGUCCUUCUCUUCUACGGUGCUGCCAUCUACACCUACAUGCUCCCCGGCUCCUACCACACCCCUGAGAAGGACAUGGUGGUGUCUGUCUUUUACACCAUACUCACACCGGUGUUAAACCCUCUGAUCUACAGUCUUCGGAACAGCAGUGUCACCAGGGCUCUGAAGAAAACAUUCACAGUGAGACCGUUCUUUCAGGAAACAAUGAAGUAG